UGUCACGGAAGUGCCUGUCCACGACACGGCGGUGCACAUUUAAAAGUGAAGAGAAGAGGAACUACAGACUCAUAUUUGUCUGUGUACCAGUGAGAUGGAGAGGAAACUGCAGUUCUGUGUCCUCGUGCUACAGCUACAGGUGUCUCUUGCCGUUUGGAAACAUCUGACCGUGAUAAAAGGUCACACACUACACCUAAGCUGCCCACUCAAAAGCCAGCCCGAUGAUUACCCCGCCGAGUGGAGGAAUCCUGAUGGUAAUAUUAUGUUCUUCAACAUGCUUCAAGGUGUGAAAGAUAAACGCUACAGAGUCCAGAAGCUGUCCGAGUCUGAAUUCCAAAUCAGAAUUUCCAAUGUUACUUUCAGCGAUGGAGGGAUAUACACCUGCACCCAUUACCUCCCCCAAGCUGUAGAAAAGAAAGUGCACAUUACAGUGAUAGGCCGGCCGCGAAUUGAGUUUACAACCCAUAAUGAGUGGCUUGUCAUCAGAUGUACAGCUGCUGCGAAUGAUGAAGCACCAGGCAUCUCCUGGCAGAUCAAGAAUGGAGUGGAAUUUCAAAGUGGCCAUCCACAGACCAUCCGUGAAGAUAAAAAAUAUGAAGCUAUUGAGACCAUGUAUGUUAAGGCAGCAGAAAGGACCCACUCUCUAAAAUGCAUUGUUCAGCAUCCAGCUUUGCACUCCAAGACACUGCAGGACUUUGUAAAAAUUAGACCAAACAAAAGAAAACAACAUCCGAAAACUACCAUCUCAGCAAAAACAACACCAACUCCAGCAACUAUAAGAGAACCAACUGCUGUCCAAUUCCCCACAACACCAAAAGAGGAGCUUACGUCAGAUUUUUCUACCAUUGUUCCACAGUUUAGUACAGGAAUGAAAAAUACUACAAAAAACACAACAACUCAACAAACAACUCUACCCACAACAGAAGAGAAAACUACUGAACCAGUCUCUACAACAGAAAAACAGGAUCUAACUUCAGAGUUUUCUAGAAACAUUACACAGUUUAGUACAGAUGCCGAUGAAACCACAGGGUUCCCUAUGAACACUUCUCAAUUCAACAGCAGUGAAUUCUCAACGGUAGAAUCAACCACUCAAAGAAGCGGAAUAUUGAACACUACAGGCAAUUGGCUCACAGUGAACAUUUCCUCCAAUGAAACAACGAAUAACAGUACAGAGCGUGACUUUGAUAGGGAAAAGCAGGAAGGAAAAGAGGGAAAUGCGGCUCUUCUCAUCUUCCUGAUCACUUGCCUUAUGAUUGGACUUUUGGUGGUCGUUACAUUUAUUGGCAUCAAACUGAGGAGAGCACAUCUCAUCUGGAAACGUGAGAAUGAUGACACGGACACAUCUGAAGCCAGCAAUAAAUCAAAAUCAAGCCAAGAGGAGAAAAACACCCAAAGGAGAAGAGGAUUCUUCAACACAGGCCUCACACAGUACGUUGUUCAAGAGCCAACAGUGAUCACCUCAGUGACAAACCCAGCUGCCAUGACACCUCCAGAGAAUAUGAGCCAUGAACAGAACUCUGCAACACAACAGCCUCCACAGGCACCGCCGAAACCUAUAAAGGAAACAGAACUAGUCACUGUGCCGGUUAUAAAUACAACCUCCAUCGCCCGCCCUACCUCCCUUUUCCCUUCUCCAACCGGCAAGGACACAACAUCGUCCCCUGUGCACCACGAUUCAGCAUCAGUUUCAUCUCCUGUAACACGAUUAUUUGUAACUAUGUCAAAGGGACCAGCAGUCGGCAUUGAUCUGGGGACUACCUACUCCUGCGUGGGGGUCUUCCAGCAUGGCAAAGUUGAAAUCAUCGCCAACGACCAGGGCAACAGGACCACACCCAGCUAUGUGGCCUUCACAGACACAGAGAGGCUGAUCGGAGAUGCAGCCAAGAAUCAAGUUGCUAUGAACCCCACAAACACUGUCUUUGAUGCAAAACGUCUCAUUGGCCGAAGAUUUGAUGAUGGUGUAGUUCAGUCCGACAUGAAACACUGGCCAUUUAAUGUCAUAAACGACAACACCCGCCCUAAAGUUCAGGUGGAGUACAAAGGAGACUUGAAAUCCUUCUACCCAGAGGAGAUCUCUUCCAUGGUGCUGACAAAGAUGAAGGAGAUUGCUGAAGCCUACCUCGGAAAAAAUGUCUCAAAUGCUGUAAUCACUGUACCUGCCUACUUCAAUGACUCCCAGCGUCAGGCUACAAAGGACGCUGGCACCAUCUCUGGCCUUAACGUCCUUCGUAUCAUCAAUGAGCCCACUGCUGCAGCUAUUGCUUAUGGCCUGGACAAGAAGAUGGGCGCUGAGAGGAACGUGCUGAUCUUUGACCUUGGUGGUGGCACUUUCGACGUGUCAAUCUUGACCAUUGAAGAUGGCAUUUUUGAGGUCAAAUCCACUGCUGGAGACACUCACCUCGGAGGGGAAGACUUCGACAACCGCAUGGUCAACCACUUCAUUACAGAGUUCAAGCGCAAGCACAAGAAGGACAUCAGCGACAACAAGAGGGCAGUGCGUCGUCUCCGUACAGCCUGUGAGAGGGCGAAGCGUACACUGUCUUCAAGCACCCAGGCCAGUAUUGAGAUUGACUCCCUGUACGAAGGUGUGGACUUCUACACCUCCAUCACUAGGGCUCGCUUCGAGGAGCUCAACGCUGACCUCUUCAGGGGAACCCUGGAGCCAGUGGAGAAGUCCCUCCGUGACGCCAAGAUGGACAAAGCUGCCAUCCAUGAAAUCGUGCUGGUCGGAGGCUCCACUCGUAUCCCCAAGAUCAAACUGCUCCAGGACUUCUUCAGCGGGAAGGAUCUCAACAAGAGCAUCAACCCUGAUGAAGCUGUGGCCUACGGAGCAGCUGUCCAGGCCGCUAUCCUCUGCGGGGACAAGUCUGAGAACGUACAGGACCUCCUGCUUCUGGACGUCACCCCACUGUCUCUGGGCAUUGAGACUGCAGGAGGAGUCAUGACCGUACUGAUCAAGCGUAACACCACCAUUCCCACCAAGCAGACCCAGACCUUCACCACGUACUCCGACAACCAGCCUGGAGUGCUCAUCCAGGUUUAUGAAGGUGAGCGUGCCAUGACAAAGGACAACAACUUGCUGGGCAAGUUUGAGCUGACGGGCAUCCCACCUGCUCCUCGUGGUGUUCCCCAGAUUGAGGUGACCUUUGACAUUGAUGCCAACGGCAUCAUGAAUGUGUCUGCGGCUGACAAGAGCACUGGAAAGGAGAAUAAAAUCACAAUUACCAACGAUAAGGGUUAGUUUCUGUCUAA